AUGGACAUUUCAGCAGUAAAUGUUCUUCCUUAUGAGGACUUUGUGGAUAUUUUUGGUAAUGUGGUGGAGAAAUGUCCUCUUGUCUCAGCUGCGGUGUGGACCAGGCGUCCCUUUGUGGGUCUAAAUGAUCUGGUAGCUGCAAUAAACCAGUUCAUCGACGCUCUUCCAGAAACAGGUAAAGAGGGGAUCCUCAGGUGCCACCCGGACCUCGCGGGCAGGGACCUCCGCCGCGGCGCGCUCACCCAGGAGUCCCGCGAGGAGCAGGCGCGAGCCGGCGUGGACGCGCUGAGCUCCGAGGAAGCCUCGCGCCUGGCACGGCUCAACGAGGAGUACAAGCGGCGCUUCGGCUUCCCGUUCGUCGUCUGCGCCCGUGCGCACGACAAGGCGAGCAUCCUGCGCGAGCUGUCCGAGCGCUGCGGGAACGAGCGCGCGGCGGAGAGAGCGCGCGGCAUCGAGGAGGUGAAGAAGAUCUGCCGCCUGCGCCUGCAGGACCUCGUGCUCUCUGAUAAUAAGCUGUAAAGGUGUUGUCUCACGUGAC